AUGAGUGUUGUACUGGUCGGGAGGAAUGAACAUAAAUACCUCUAUCGUACGGUGGACUCAAUCAUUAGGAAUACCCCGAGUCGUCGAUUAAAGGAGAUCAUCCUUGUUGAUGAUGGAUCGAUCCCCCCUAUGGAACCUCUACUGGCCGACUAUCGUGAUAAGGUGAGGCUUAUUCGCCAUGAGCAAUCCCAAGGGCUCAUCAGAGCUAGAAUGGCCGGUGCCAAUGCGGCUGUUGGUGAUAUGGUGAUGUUUUUGGAUUGUCACGUGAAACCAGAGCCCGGGUGGGAGAGAGCGAUGUUCAAGAAUACGAAUGAGAACUACAAGCGGCUGGUGGUGCCUCUCAUACCCAAGCUGGAUGGUGACACUUGGGAGGUCCUCGGUGAUGAACCCGGUGUGAAGAUGAUGUUCGACUGGGGUCUGCAGUUCGAUUGGUUCGAGGACGGCAAUGAUGAGGUUCCUGUUAUGAGUGGUGGCCUUUAUGCCAUCACUAAGAAGUGGUGGCAUGAAUCUGGAGAAUAUGAUUAUAACAUGCUCCUCUACGGCGCUGAGAACAUCGAGCAGUCGGUUCGUGUUUGGAUGUGUGGUGGCGAAAUAGUCGUUGCCCGGAAUAGCCGAGUGGCGCAUCUUUUCCGACCGAAGUUCCCCUAUAAAGUUAACGACACCACAGUGUAUGUGAACAAGAUUCGUACUGUGGAGGUAUGGUUCGAUGAGUGGAAAGACAGAUACUACCAAACUGAUGAGCAUGCGUACAAGGUUUUGGGCGGCAUGGGAGAUGUGACCAAGAGGAAGGCCCUGCGACAGGAGCUCAACUGCAAGUCCUUCAACUGGUUCCUCGAUCGCUUCCAGGACGUGUUUAAGUCUAGGAACUUACUACCAAUGGAUUAUAAUACUUCCCGGAGUUUGGAGGCGUACGCUUAUGAGUGA